AUGCUUUAUAAUAGUUUUUUUAAGUCAAAGAAUCAGAGUCCUUAUUCUGUCAAACCGAAAUAGCAAAUGAGAUAGAGUUCAUUUGAGAAACCGAAGAAAGAACGAUUGCGAUUGCAGUUAUCUAGCAAAAUUGAUCAAUUUGAAAAGGAAGCCAUAUUGAGUGUUGUGAAUUCAAAAAAGAAAUCAGCUAGCAAAAGAUUUAAAACAGAACAAGGAAUAGAUAUAAUUGAUGAUUUCUUAACUUUGGAUUCAUGCAUUACCAAAUAACAAUCUAAAUCAAGAUCUUUUAGCAACGCAUUUCCUUCAAAUAAAAGUGCAGAUAGAAAAUCAAACAUUCUGAAUAGUGCUAGUAAAAGACAAAAAAGUAGUAAUUAGAAACAGACACUGGAUGAGGAUUAACAAUCAGAUAAUUUCCCAACAUAAUUUCAAAAGAUUAAGUUACUUGGAAAGGGAGGAUUCUCUCUGGUUUGGUUGGGAGAACACAAAACAACGAAAAUGAGAGUUGCAAUUAAGCAAAUCAAACAAUCCAAUUCGAAUCAAGCCUAUCUAAGAGAGAUUUGGUUUGGAUCUCACUUUUUCGACAACGGAAAUCCAAAACCUUAAUUCAAAUCCUCCGUUGGGAUUAAGAGCUUAUUGCAAUAUCUGGGAUAUGAGAUAGGAUCUACUGACACUUGGAUUUUCACAGAAGUAUGUGGAGAAAGUCUAAAAAAUACACUUUACGAAUUGAAAGGACAAUAAAUUAAAAAUGAAAUUGUAUUCAAAAUGAUCUAAAAACCCUUAUAUCUACAUUUAAAAUCUGACCUUAAUAUUCUCAAAAAGAUUAUUAAAGAUGUCGCUCAAGCCUUAAUACUAUUGACUGAAUAGCGGAUUGUACAUUGUGAUCUCAAAACAGAAAAUAUCCUCAUUAAAAAAUCGAAAUGUCUGAAUGGAUCCUACCUUAUCACAUAAACCAAACUGAUAGAUUAUGGAAGCAGCUUCAUGUUUGAUGAUCUAUCCUAAUUCUCUAUGGCUACUCCUGAGUACAUGUGUCCGGAAAUCUUGAAUUAUAUACAAUACGAAAAUGGCAAGGAAUACGAUACCAAAUUAUUCAAAGUCCUAUCAAAUUAUUAUAAACCUUGGGUAAUUGACAUAUGGUCAUUGGGAUGUGUAAUUUUAGAAAUAGUUUAUGGAAUUCCCCUCUGGCUGAGCAAUAAGAUCAUUGUUAGGCAUCAUGACAAGGAUGUGAUUGAACAAGGCCUAUUUGCGGUGAAGAAUAGAGAAUUUGAUCAGAUUAUACAGAGACAAGCUCAUGUUGUUAAAAAUUUGGACCAUUACCUAGAUAAUAAUUAUUCAGGGAUCAAAGUCGAUCUAGAAAUUAGGCUCUUACUUCGAGAAAUGCUGACGAUUGAUCCAGACAAAAGGAUUGCUCCGCAUACCAUAAUUGAAUUUCUUUAACCUACUAAGGAGAGAUUGAGAACUGAAUGA